AUGACUGAUUAAAAAUAAUAAGUUGAAUAACUCAAGUAUGCUUUAUGGUUAGCAAUUAUGUAAAGUAUAUUUAUAAUAUUGAUAUUAGAUAAAAAUGAAUAAAUAGUGUAAUUUUUUAAUUCACCAAAAAUUGAAAUAAAUGUUAAUGUAGCAUUAACAAAUUAAGGCAUAACAGCUUUACAUUAAGCAGCAAGCAAUGGGAAUUUGAAUUUAGUUCAAUUUUUAGUGGCAAUUUAGAAAGCUGAUAUAGAUUAAUAAGAUAUAGUAAAUUUUGAAACAAAAAUUAGUUUGGAAGAACUCCACUUCACUUUGCUUGUGCAAUUGGCAAUCUUGCAAUAGUGGAUUAUUUAAUAUAAUCUAAGGCAUCACCUAAUAUACAAACAAUAGUAAAAUUGAUUUUUAAAGAAAGGGAGGAGAAUCACCAAUAAUGAAAGCAGCCCAGUUUCAUCAAUCGUAGUUAUUAUUCUAUUUAAUUCAAACUCAUUCAGAUAAAAUUAAUUGGAAUUUAGUGAAUAAAGUAUAAAUUAAUAUUAAGAAAAAGUUGGGAUAAAAUGUUUUACAUAUAUUUAGGAUUUCUUGUGUAAAUUCAUUAGAAAAAUAAAAUUAAAUUUAUACACCAAUAAAUGAUGUCAUAGUUGAAUUAAUGGCAUUGAUAUAAACAGAAGGAUAAUAAACAAUUUAAUGA